AUGAGAGAGAUUGUCCAUAUUCAAGCUGGUCAGUGUGGAAACCAGAUUGGUGCCAAGUUCUGGGAAGUCAUCUCAGAUGAACAUGGAAUCGAUCCAACGGGGACAUAUCAUGGUGAUUCUGAUCUGCAACUGGAACGCAUUAAUGUCUACUACAACGAGGCAUCUGGUGGAAAGUAUGUCCCACGGGCUAUCCUGGUGGAUCUAGAACCUGGGACAAUGGACAGCGUCCGUGCUGGACCUUUCGGACAACUGUUCCGUCCGGAUAACUUUGUAUUUGGUCAGAGUGGCGCUGGGAAUAAUUGGGCGAAAGGCCAUUAUACAGAGGGAGCUGAGUUGGUUGACUCGGUGUUGGAUGUGGUGAGGAAAGAGUCGGAGUCGUGUGACUGUCUUCAAGGCUUCCAGUUGACUCACUCACUCGGUGGUGGUACUGGUUCUGGAAUGGGUACACUGUUGAUCUCGAAGAUACGCGAAGAGUAUCCUGACCGGAUAAUGAACACGUUUUCAGUUGUUCCUUCGCCGAAGGUCUCGGAUACAGUCGUGGAGCCGUAUAAUGCAACGCUCUCCGUCCAUCAGUUGGUGGAGAACACAGACGAGACUUAUUGUAUCGACAAUGAGGCCCUGUACGACAUCUGUUUCCGGACUCUGAAGUUGACAACUCCAACAUAUGGUGA